AUUUGGUGAAUAUUGGCAAAAUCGAGGACCAGCUGUAGAAGAAAAAUUAGCUUUAACUACAAUGGGUCUACUUGUACAACAUCAUCUCAUUAAUCCAUAUGUACUUAAUCCAAACCAUUACUAUUUUAUUUAA